AUGUUGAUACGAAUUAAUCACGUUUGCGAAUUUAUGUUUAUUAUCCUCGCCCGUAGUUCUCCUUCUGCUCGUCCCGUGCAACCAUUCGAAAAUGAUAGUGAGCAUUUCAUCCGCCGACCAACGCCCGUGAAUGCCUCUGAGUCUAAGGUCACCUUACCUCCCCAAAUUCAUUUACUUAUCCAUCUCGUUUUCCCUGAUUCCAAUUCCAUAUUUCAAGUUCAACAGUUGUUUUUAUCAGCUGGAAGAACAUUGCAGUCAAAUAAAAGUGCACGCAAAAAUGCGAAUGUGUGUUCGGAUAUUAACGAUUAUAGGCUAGCGUCGAAGAGAUGUUGA